AUGUCGUCUUCAGAGAAGCGCCAUAUGCAAAGAAGGCUCGAGCGUGGCAGUAUGCCUCCGCGCAUACCAUCCGGCUUCCCAGGAGUUGGUGCUGGAGGAUACCUAAAUUUCGGAACGUCACGAGUACCACAUUCACAGAACAGUUCCGCGUUUAGUUCAAGAGACCAGAACACCAGGAGGGUCGACCGUAUUUUCGAUGGAAGUGACCAUGUCGGCGACACAGGGCGAAAGAUUCGCCGUCGGCCAAGUAUUGAAGCACGUGCAAGAAAGAGCGAAUAUCAUAACCUUCUUGAAGGUGGAAACUUGUGGGGUGACGAUGAAGUCACCGAUGAUCUCGACACGCACAUCCGAGAACCCGAACAGUCGGAACCUGUGAAAGAAGAGUCAUCCAAUACACAGCGAGUACAGUUGGCACCGCCAAUACCAGAUGCGGCUGUAGAUCCACCGAGACAGUCAAUUAUAAGCGUACUCUAUGGUCGCCAGGACACAGACUCCUGGUAUCUGACACGGCGCUUGGCUCGCUUGCCCGCCUCCAACGUAGCUGCCAGCCUCGAUCCGUCUACGCUCCUCAGACGCCGAAACAUCGACGCUGACGCAGCGGAGCUUUAUCAACUAUGGCGGCGCACUGGUGUUAUUCCCACACGCUAUCGUGACAUCAACUUCGACCCAGAAGGCAUCGAUCCGCAGCAUACAUGGAUCGCAUGCUGGCCGUUGAUCAAUGCAGCGAUACACGGCUACGUGGUCGAAGAUGUCGAGUUCGUCGACCGCUUGAUGGAUCUGCUCGAGGAGAAGGUAGUCAAAGGCAUACGACCAGAUUCCGACACAAUAUCGCAUAUCUUUGGCCAGAACAGACACCACAUGCCGACGGCUCUUGGUCGCUUUCUAGUCGAUCGAUGGGUCGACUGCGCGGUGGAAGGGUUUUGCGACGUUGAUCUAUUUGAUUUGCCGCAGCACUUCGUAUAUGUCGCGCUCGAAUCGGCUAUGAAGCGUCUCUCAUGUGAUGAGCGACCUUCAUCGCUGUCGGACUGUCAAUAUCAUACGCAUGCGCAGUCUGAAGACUGCUAUAAGAGGAGGAUGGUACCCGAAGCAAAAAGACAGGAACGCUAUAGGCAUCGUCGCGAAAAGGCGAGUCGCGAAGGCCAGCAAGCCGCUGCAGAUUCGAUCGAAUGCGGCAUUACUACAAUUGAUUGGGAGGAGCGAAGAGUGGAGGAACAUAGGAGGCUGCGCGACGAAAGUGAUGCUUCUCUGCCUGCUUUCGAUGACCGGAUUGGAACUUCAAGACAAAUGCACGAGGCAGAUACUUCCAACAGACUUGGUGGGGCCGAUACUGAUUCGAAGAACCGACCUGACGCGGGAUCUUCGUCUUCAUCCAUGUUUGGGACAGCGCAAGCUGAGGGACCAGUUGAUGAGGUGAAGUUUGCCCCGCCGGCACGCGAGCCACCAGCGCCGCCAUCGCCAAGCGCACGCGUCAGAAGCGAUAACAGCGCUGUUGAAGAAGACCAGUCCUAUGAAACGCUUUUGGGAGAUCAGAAAAUCUAG